GCAUGCAUAUAGGCUACUCACACAAACAGAAGGGCAGGGUGGGAGCCAAUGAAAGCAUAACUAACACAAAUUGAACGCGCAGCAUCAGCGCUUUUUUCUAUAUAUUUAUAUAUAUAUAUAUAUUUAUGUAAAAUAUAUAUAUAUAUAUUUUACAUAAGGGACUCUAAGGAACGCCGUCGAAAAACCACAGCUCCAGACAAGAAGUCAUUUUUUUAGAAUCAAAGCUUAAUACAAAUGUGUUAGUAAAGCGGAUAAUCAAACGGGAAUAGUUCAGGACGUGAUUUUACAGGCUGUUCUUAUACUAAACCAUGGAGUCCACAGUUCUUGUUGUGACGCUAUCUGUCACCAUUCUCCAUCUAACUCAAGGUGUGAGUUUUAUGACCCCUGACCAGAAGGCUCCUCCCACACCAAGUCCCUAUCCAUUAGGGGAGUUGACACGUGCAGCCCUUCUGCCAUGCCCCAGUAGAGAGUAUUUGGGCCAUGUCCCAGAUGAUACAGGCACAACCACGAAUCCUACACAGGCUGUUCCACAGCUUGGGCACACUGAGCCUGCAGCCACUGUCAUGUCACCAGGGGUGCUAACCACGGCCUUGACCUCAUCGCCCGCUGCCAGCCAAUCUUUUACUGAUAAAACUGUAACAUCACCACCCACAGAGGAGGAGACGACAACCACUUUAAUCACCACCACAACCAUAACAACGGUGCACAUGCCCGUGCAGUGUAAUGCCAGUCUCUCCGGGACUGAAGGAAUUGUGGAGUCUCCCGAUCCUCUUUCCUCCUCCCCUUUCUCUCCUCUAGAGUGCACUUACAGCAUCACAGUGUAUCUGGGCUAUGGAGUGGAAAUUCAGGUGAAGAAAGCGAACCUGUCCAAAGACGAGUCUCUGACUAUCUAUGGUUAUGGGGGGACAGGACUCGAACUCUUAGCUAAUGAAACCCUGAUGAGUGAGGGUCAGGUGAUUCGAAGCUCAACUAAUCAGGUGCAGAUUCACUACCGUAGUCUCCGGCAGACCAAUCAUGGCAUGUUCAGUCUACACUAUCAAGCCUUCCUCCUCUCCUGUUCAUUCCCUCAUUCUCCUGAGGGAGGAGGUGUGACCGUAACUGACAUCCACCCCGGAGGCCAGGCCCACUUCCACUGUGACCCUGGCUUCCAGGUCAGGGGCCAUGAGGUAGCCACCUGCUUGAACAUGACGAGACCUCGUUGGAGCUCUACUGAACCUCAGUGUGUGGCUGUGUCAUGUGGAGGGUGGAUACGAAACGCAACCGUGGGCAGGAUCCUUUCACCGCCUCCUCCAUCUGUGAGUAACCAUAGCAAUGGCAAUCUGAGCUGCCAUUGGCUACUGGAGGCCAAGGAGGGACACAGAUUUCACCUCCACUUUGAGAGGGUGGCACUGGACGAGGACGAUGAUAAGCUGAUUGUGCGUAGCGGAAACAACUCUAUAGCGCCGCCACUCUUUGACUCAGACCUGGAUGAUAUUCCAGAGCGUGGCACUGUGAGUGAAAGCUCCACCCUGUACCUGGAGCUCACAGCCGACUCCUCCUCCAUCCCGCUGCUGCUGUCUCUGCGUUAUGAGGCCUUUGAUGGGGAGCACUGUUAUGAGCCCUACUUGCAUCAUGGGAAUUUCAGCAGCAGUGACAUUACCUUUCCGUUAGGCACCAUUGUCACCUUCUCCUGCUCCCCAGGCUUUGUCAUGGAUCAGGGCUCCGGGGUCAUUGAAUGUGUGGACUCAAGCGAUCCACACUGGAAUGAGAGUGAGCCUGUGUGUAAAGCUUUGUGUGGGGGAGAGUUGACCGAUACCUCCGGCACUAUUCUGUCCCCUGAUUGGCCACAGAGUUACUCAAAAGGGCAGGACUGCGUGUGGCAAAUCCAUGGCAACGAGGAGAAGCGCAUCGAACUGGACAUCCAAAUUUUGAAUAUCCGCCACAACGACCUUCUCACCAUAUUUGAUGGUCUUGACUUCCUUUCCCAUGUGAUCGGCCAGUACCUUGGGUCCCGAGAGCGUUUCCAGGUUGUGUCAUCUGGUUCUGAGGUCACUAUUCAGUUCCAAAGUGACCCUGACGACUCCUCCUUCAUUCUAAGCCAGGGGUUCCUUAUUCACUAUCGUGAGGUAGAGCCUAAUGACACCUGCCCUGCCCUACCUCAAAUCGAAUAUGGCUGGAUUAGCUCCUCCCACACAUCCCCAGUGAGGGGAAGUGUGUUGACCUAUCAGUGCCAGCCAGGGUAUGACAUCAGUGGCUCUGACAUCAUCACAUGCCAAUGGGAUCUCUCCUGGAGCAACAGCCCACCCACCUGCAUCAAAGUCCAGCAGUGUCCUGAUCCAGGGGAGGUGGUGAACGGAGCACGUUCUGUUCGGCCAGAGUCUGGAUUUGCAGUUGGAACAGUGGUGCGCUUCUCCUGUAACCAAGGUUACCAGCUGGAAGGCCCUGGCCAGAUAUCCUGCCAUGGGCGGGAUACAGGCACUCCCAAGUGGAGUGACCGCAGCCCCAAAUGUGUCUUGAAGUAUGACCCAUGCCCAAACCCAGGUGUGCCAGACAAUGGUUACCAAACAUUGUAUAAACAUAGCUACCAAGCAGGAGAGACACUACGUUUUUUCUGCUAUGAGGGCUAUGAACUCAUCGGGGAGGUUAUUAUCAACUGUGUCCCGGGCCACCCAUCUCAGUGGAACAGUCCACCACCCUUCUGCAAAGUGGAAUUUGAAGAGCUGUUGGAUGAUCAUAAAUUAGAAGCAUCCCAGUCAUUUGAGCCAUCCCACCAGAUGCUAAGUGAAAACAUUGCAUUGGCAAUCAUACUGCCAAUCAUCCUGGUAAUCCUAUUGAUUGGAGGAAUCUACAUGUACUACACCAACGUAUGUAGACUGCAGUGGAAGCCUAUUUUCUGGAAGUCUCUCUCUCACACCCACUCAUACAGCCCAAUAACGGUGGAGUCUGACUUCAACAACCCACUAUAUGAGGCAGGAGACACUCGAGAGUAUGAAGUGUCCAUUUGAAGAAGAAAAGUCUUCACAAGAAUGAAAACCAAGAAAUAGAUGAAUGGAUCUGGAGGGAGAGGAGUAGCUUUCAUUUUCUUUCAGAUGGCUCCUUUCACCACUCUCAUCUAAUCAUUCUGUUAACCCUUCUGUUCUUUCCCCUUUGCUCACUCUGUCUUUUGUUCACCCUUUUUGUCUGUAUGUUUUUGACUUAAUGUCUCUCUUUUCUUUUGCCUGUGUCUCUCUAAAUCCUGUCUCUUUCUGUCAGUGUAUUAUCACUGACAGAAAAAUUUUUUUUGUGUCCUCGGGUUAGAUUAAAUCGGAUUGUGUUUUGGCCCCUAUACACAUUUUAAAGGCAGUGGUUCUGCAUUUCUGGAGACCAUAUUCAUGGUUAAUGCUGAAUACAUCAGUUCAAUCAGAAAUUACCUUUAAAUGUCAAUUGCGCUAAGACUGUCUCCCAGUUGUGUGCGGUUGUCCAAAAUCAAACUUUCUGUCUAAAAUUUGAACUGGUGCCUUAAAGGUUAUGCGGUUGAUAAAACAAGCAGGGAAAUACAGAAAAAAUGACAGAAAGGGAGGAAGAGGUAAGAUAUUUAUGAGGUAAAAUCAUAUAGAGAGAAACAAGUAAGAAAAGCAGUGACAGGAAAGCAGACAUACACGUUUGGUUGCACAUAAAAUCCUCACACACACAAUAAAAGAACACUUUUAGACUGGCCACAAACACAGACUGACAGAGAAUGCAAAAGACAGAGGAGGACACGUGCACAUAUACACACACAGACACACACACAUUGAAUGUAAAUAUUUUGUUGAAAAUUGAGGCUUUUAAAGAAAAUUCAGUGCCAAAAUAUAACAUUGCAUAAUGUAAUGUAUCUUCAUGUUUCAACUUUCAUUGCCAUAGUAAUACCAUCAUAAAAUGUACAAUUACAAAGCCAGCGUUUCAUAUUGUUCUUUGCCAUUUCUGAUGUGUAUUUCCACUUGGAACAAAAGGUGAGGACAUGAAUGUCGUCACGCUUAUAGCACACAAUGAUUGUAUAUUUUCCUGCUUCUGCUGAAUCAUUUUAUUAUGAUUAUCAACAGUUAUCAUUGUUAUAAGUGCAAAUUUGAUGUUGUAUAUGCACUAUGUUAAAGAAAAUAGGUUAACUUGGCUGCUUGCUGUGAUGCUGUAUUUAACUUAUAUGUUUUUUGAAUACACUUUCCGUUCAUUGGCUGAACAGUGCUGGGUGGAGGAAUAUUUAAAUUCACUGUGCCAAUAUGGGAGUCCGGGGGAUUUGCAUUGUACAUUUAUUAUAAUUUAAUUGGUGGUAGUAUUUAUUUGCAUUGUAUAUUGUCAUGCAGGCAUUAUUUAUUUGCUGUAAUUUACAAUUAAAUAAAAGUAUCUGAAUGGUG